AUGGUCGCCCUCGCCGCCUUCCUCUUCCUAUGGCCCCUUGUAGCCAACACCGCGCUCGCAUCGAGCACCACCACAACAACGCCCGUACCCCAGUCAACGCCCUACCAUCCCGCCUCGAAACGCGGCCUGUCGUGGGCCAACGGCAACUGGGUGCCUCUGGCCCCCUUCGACGGCCCCAAAACGUCCAUCAGCGCAACGUACGACUGGGCCCCCGCGCCCUCGACGAACAGCAGUUUCCCCUUCGUCCCCAUGCUGUGGGGCUGCGACAGCGCGCACAUUACGGCGUGGGACGCGGCCGCGGCGGCAAACUUCAGCGGCGCGCGCCUGACCCCCGACCGCGCGCUGCUGGCCUUCAACGAGCCCGAGCUGGGCAUACAGAGUAACUGUUCCCCUUCGACGGCGGCCACGCUGUGGAUCAGCCACUUUGAGCCCCUCAAGGCGAAAGGGUACCGCCUCGGCACGCCCGCCGUCACUAUGGGGCCUGAGGGCAAGGCGUGGCUCUUGCAGUGGUUUGCCGAGUGCGCAGGCGGGUGCAACCCUGAUUUCCUCGCGGUCCACUGGUACGACAUGACGUUCGCGUCCCUCACGGCCGUCCUGGAGGGAUACUACGCCGCGUUCAACCUGCCCAUCUGGCUGACCGAAUACGCGCUGACGUUCUUCGGCGCCGGCACGCCGCCUCCCCCCGCCACGCAGGACCAGAUCACCGAGUUUAUGCGCGAGUCGAUGGCCUGGCUCGACGCGCAGCCUUGGGUUGAGCGGUAUUUCUGGUUUGGGGCAAUGUACGAUAUGCAAGGCGUCAACCCGCUCAACUCGCUGCUCGACCCCGCAGGCAACGCGACACGCUCGGGCGCGCUGUCUGCCCUCGGCAGCGCGUAUGUCACGCCGUCGUCCCCGCUCAACCAAACGCUCAGCGCGGCUGCCGUGCACCACUCCGGCGCUAAAAUGCGGCACACCACUCCCGCCGCUAUCUGUAUCAUCUGUAUCUCAUGGUGGUGGUAUCUAUGA